AUGUCGAGUCGAGUCAUCGUCCUGCCCGACGAUAUCCUCCACACAGUGACCGAUCGCGUCAAUGAGAAGGUAGAUGAAACUGUGGAAAAUGAUCCACAUUUCUUACGCCUUCCCCAUCCACGUACAGGAAUCCCUGCUCUGUUUGUGAUACACGAUUGUCAGCAUAGAUCGAAGCCGUCUAUCUUAGAAGUCCAGACAAUAUCCCCUCCGAAUGCUCGAUCGUGGUUCAUGCCUGAGGGUCAGAUUGUGGAUGAUGGCCAACUUUUUCUUAUGACACCUAUUGAUCCGGCGUUUCUUCUAAUAGCCAUUUUGAAUUCUUGCACUGAAUCAGCGGAAAACUUUCGACCUGCCGAAGAUCUGCUUGAGGAUGCAACCAUCCGAACAUUUGGAUCAUGGGAUACGAAUAAAUUGCAUGACCAGUCCAUGAUGCAUGGUAUCCAUGCUCUUAUAACGUUCACUGGCACGCAUCAAGCUAUGAGGCGUAUAUGUGAAGUGAAAGAAGUUACUGCAGACAUCACCGUUUUUCGUUAUUCGCCAAGAAAGGUCUUGGACUACCUCAGGACCAAAGUCGCCCGCCUUGCGAAACCGGAUAUAUGCGAAAAGUCUCGAACACUGGUACGAAUUAUGGCGAAAGAUGGAAUAAUGGAAGACGGGAAGGAACACCUGUUGGAAUCCGCGCGCACUCGAGCUGCAUGCGAACUCAUUUCUCAAUAUAUCCCUGAGGACAUCUUUACGACAUUACUUGAGUCGUAUGAUUUUGCGGAGCUUGAUACCCACCUCCAAAUGAUGCGAGAUGACCUUGCUGCGCAAGCUGCCCAUGAUUCCAAUGAGACCAAGACAAGGAAGGGAAAAGCCUCCAAGGCUGCCAACAAUGAUGCGGACAAGAAACGCAAAGCUCAGACGAAGGCCUCGAAUGGGGUAGAGAAGCUCAAGAAAGUGAAUGUUAAGGGAAUGGCGAAAAUCUCAAGCUUUUUUCAGAAGCCUACCAACUGA